UCACUUCUACAACAGAUAAAAAAAUGAAUAUGAAAAUAGUUCUUGUUCUUGCUUUAGUAGCAGUUUGUGCUCAUGCUGCCACGUACAACAGGGCACUCCUUGGAGCUGAGGAAGAUGAAAAAGAAUUUGAAAAAGAGGUGUCUGGAGUGAUCGACUCGUUGUGGGGCGGAAUCUGUGUCACGGACAGCAGUUGUUUGGAAUACGUUUCUUACUGCCAUAGAGAAACAUCGAUAUCCGUGACAGGACAGUGUAGAUUAAUCUGGUACAGCUGGUUGGUUCUGGGAUUAGCUGCUCUGCUUAUCCUGUCUGCUCUGGUAGCCUGUAUCUGCUGCCCAUGCUGCUUCCUCUAUGCUUGCUGCUCAGGAAUUCUAGAUUGUUUGUGUGGUUGCUGCAGAACCAAGGGAUAUUCUCCUGCUAACCGAUCAUAAACUGCAGAAAAUACUCAACUGCUACACCUUGUGGGAAUAUUUUCAACUAUUUUAACUUACACCUGAUCUAGUGGGACAAUUUUGAUCUAUUUCAAGCUACAUCUUGCGGAGAAAUUUUGAACUAUUUCAAACUAGAGGUAGUGGAGAAAUUUUGAAGUAUUUCAAGCUACAUCUAGAGAAGAAAUUUAGAACUUCAUGCUACAUCUAGUGAAGAAAUUUAAAACUAAUUCAAGCUAUAUCUAGCAGAUUUUGAAUAAGUUUUUUAGUUAAUCCUGUUUUCACCACCAGUCUCCAUCUAAUUAAUAAACAAAAAUCUGUAUUUUCACAUAAGGCUAUUCUAAACAAAGAAAUUUUGCUGAAAAUUUGUUCAACUGAUUCUUUAUCUUGAGCAUACCUUUCUGACCACCUAUAUUAGGUUAGCAAGUAUGCCUCUGAUUUAAUACCACAAAUUAAAAUCUUGAUCAGAAUUCAUAUUUUACUCAUAUUUGUUCAUUAGACCAGAAAUCUGGGUUCUCAUUAAGACCAGGUUAUCUAAUCAAUAACAUAAAUCUUUACCUAAAAAUUAAUGUUCUCAGAAAUACGAAGUAAAAAAAGGUUUUUUGAUAAAAUAAAAACUUGGUAUUUUUUGGCCGCCUAGUUGUAAAGUGUGAAUAUUUCAAAUACUAACUAAUCAAAGCUGCAGAGAAUUGAUAGUUGAGACUUCAAAUGCUUUUAGUUCUUAAAACACUAGUUAGGGGAUAUUCAAGUCCUAACAGCAUUAAUUCUCAUGUUGACUUCAAACCAUAUUGUAUUUUUAAAACAUUACAUUUUGUACUUACUGUCUAUACCUACAAUCCUGAGGAAACAAAAUGUGCCUUAAAAUAUAAAUUUUGAUAAAUAA